UGUAAGGCCGGCAGUAGGUUGCUCUGCACGAAGACCAGAUACCUCCUUCGAAAGGAACCUUCAACUGCCCCGUUUAAAGGGGUAAAAGCUCAAAUAUGGUCACCGUCACGAUCUGUCUUUACAUUCUUGCUCUUGCUGGCAGUGUAUCAGCUAUUCCAAUUGAAGAUGACCCACACUACUUCAAUCGACAGAUUGCUAGUGAUAUGACUGGAAUUGCUGAAACACUUUAUGCAAAGCGCCGAACCAGCUCCUUCGACACUAUCGCCCCAUGCUUUUCAAUGUCUAAACAUCAGGCACUGGGCAUCGCGUUCUUGUACAACGUAUCCUACUUAUUUCCUCAUAGAGUACUCAACACGUUUACUACACGACUCACUACUGUAGGAACCCCUCCUCAUACUGUACCCAACGUAGUAAAUUUCAAGGUUUUAAGAGACGGUCCUCGUAUACGUUUCAAGAUCAUGUAUAUCAACCCGAGCAAGACCUGCUUCAUCCUAAUAAAAGAUUCACCUACUCGGGAACGACAAUGCCUCCUGCUGCAAACAAGGUCGACAGUUGACAGAGAACCUCCAUCGGACUGUCAAGCCAUUUACAGACAACAUUGCAACCGAUGUAGUUUUGAUGUUUAUUACCACAGUUGCCAAUCUGUCCUCGUGAGCAAUAUCGGCAAACAAGGCACGCGUAUGUUCUUCCCACCCGGUCUGUUGAAUUUCCUGGGAAAAAAGAAACCUUGCAAAUAAAACA